GCGUGGCCAACAGCUGGCCUGCCGGUAGGCGGGCGAAAAUUCUCCGGCUGCAAUUCUUUGCAAGUUUAUAGUGUAUACCGAACAAUCAAUCAUCUGGAGUCGGAAAAAGGUUCAUCAAACAUGCCGCCCAAGCAAAUUCGAAUUCCUGACCUCCUUAGGGCCAGUAAGCCCACGUCCGCACUUGGGGGUGCUGAUGUGGCGUUGCCAAAACUAGCUGGUGCUGACGUGGCAUCGAGGAAACUUGUGGGCUCUGACGUGGUCUCAGCCAGGGGGAAGAGAUCUCGGGGAAUCGCUUUAGAAGGUGAUGGCGCCGUUGUUGAGUUUGGCAAUUCCGCAACAGCGGAUAUCGUGGGAGGUGACGAUGUGGCGCUCUUACCUGAGAGGAAGAGGGCUCGGCGUCAGAUUGUCCSGACGAUGGCGGCGGCCCACUCUCUGAAGUCUCGCCCGCGGGGAGGAGAGGAGUGCGCGAGAAAGGAGUUGCAAAGCAGCGCAUGCAAGAAGAGAGAUGCUGAGGUGCCAACGAGAACGGUCAGUGCACGGAGACGCUUGUCCUCGGAGCAUGGCGGCACGGGGAGUGCUGUGGAAGGAAGCUCCUCAGCAGCAGCUGAUAUAGGUGAUGACGAGCCCRAUUCGGAAGCAACUGGACAGGUAAUGGGAGGGGAUCCAUCCACGUCGACUUCUUGUUCGGCAAUCCUCCAAGGGGGAGGAGUCACUCCUGAACAGUUGCGAGCUGCCCUUAGCAGGCGCCUGACCACUGAGAAUGGGGAACUCCAAAUUUCCGACGAAAGAAGAGAGAAUUUGCUGGAGCAGCAAUAUGGGGGUUCUCCACCGUCAGAUGUGGCAGCUGUCAAGCGGGAACCCUCUCAAACUAUGUCUGAUGUUGGGAAAGCCGGCAAUGCCGUUCGGGUGGAGGAGGGAGCAGGACGAGGAAGGAUGCCUAUUAGCACCCGGAGAUCUGGCUCUGUUGCUGAAUCGCCUUCCACAUCAGCACCGAGCUCGCCUCGGGGGGCGAGUCCACGCCAGAUUCGCACCAGCCCGCGUCAUCAUCUUCCGCCCAAGCCCGUCGUAGAUGUUCGUGCUGCACCUUCUUCCCCAAAGGCUGUUCUUGAUCGUGGGCGAGGAGGCAAGCCAUUACAGAGCUCGUUGGACGGAUGGGCGCGAGUGCAGAAGGGUCCAACUCCUUUGCGCAACUACGGCAGUAGGGGGAGUUUGAUGGCUGCCCUUGUGCUGGGGAAAUGUGGUCCUCCCACUCCACCUAUCAAGUCCACACCGACGGGGGCGGUGAGGGAGUUGGGUGCUGCCGAAGAAUGCGAAGGGGUUUCUGAGACAAGUAGGAAUUCAGCAGUAACGGAGGAUGCCCCUGGCAAAGAGAGUGGAGGCUCCUCGCCUCGACGUGGUGGAAUCUUGGGCUGGGCAAGACGUGUCACAAGGCACGGAGUGAAAGGAGGUAUGACAAGUCCCGAGCGGCGGCCCAGGAGGGAAGGAGGUGCGGUAGGGGAGAGCGGUUCACCAACCCUCCUCAAGAAGCCAGCGUCAAUGCGAGAUGCAGAGCCGGCAGUACAGGGUGUGAGAUCUUCUGGCAAAUUGCCUCCCAACCCCCCUUUAUGUCCUGCCGAGCCCACGACAACUCCAAGGCCUUUGUCAAUAUCAGCACAGGGGGACUCAAUCGUCGACAACCAGUCCUCUUGUGUAAAGAGCAGUGCGCGGCGCUCAUUGUCUAAAAUGGGCGAUUUGGAUUCUUCCUUACCUCGGCUCGCCCAGUCGCGAGGGAUGCAAGAUUCCUUACCCGUCUCUUCCCUUGCCUAUACUUCCUCACCGGCAGGACAGGAGUCUGGUCUCUCCUCUGUGUCGAGGUCAUCCCCUUCUCUGCGAGCCUUGUCCCCAUCAUCUGUGCGGACGAGGUCGCAGUCAUUAGUUGAAGCAAAUUUAGCUACUUCCACGACCAGUACAGAUCUGAGGCCACAACUGCAAAAGCAAUAUUCCCAAAGUCAGCGCAGAGACCUGGAUGCCAGAGCGCCACCAAACUUGGGAUACCUUGCGUCAUUGGCAGAGGCAGAGCAAAGUGCAGGUGCCAAUGCUUGUGCUGUUGGGAGUGGGACUGGGAUGAUGACCAGAGUCAGGUGCAGGAGGGGCCUUUCAUUUGCGUUUGCGAAUGUGGCAGGGAAUGAAGGCGUGGCGGCUGUGGGUGAAGGGUCGAGUCCUGGGCAAGAUUCAGAAAAGCAAUCAAUGCCGGGGAAGGAAGGGAAUGAGUGUUCAGAAUGGAAGGUCUCGGAGACCACAGAUGUGUCACUGUGGCCCAGUCACAAGAUUGCCACGAAUGGAUCUUCAGAAGUUAGCACCAGGUCUGCAGUGGAGGAUUCUCGUUUGACACUAUCUCAAAGUGGAAAUGAAAGUGAUGAUGACAGGGCUGCCAUCAUGCGAAGCUUGCCACGAGCUCUCUUGCAGUCGGUUGAAGAUAGGAGUCGGCGGAUUGCGGAAGAUACCAGUGACAUAGCAAUUAAGCGUCGCAAGCAACGGAUGGCCAUGAGUGAGCUUCCACGCUUGUUCGACAUGGUUCUGAGCAUAUACAAGUCCGCAAACCGCACAGUCAUGUCAAGGGAUGACCUCCUCAAUCGUCUAUGCAAGUGCCACUGCAAGUUGACAAGCAAAGAUGAGAUAGAUUUGCAACUGGAGUACCUACUCGAUUAUGCAUCGGACUGGAUCAGCUCAAAGACAGCGAUGACAGGGGAAGUUUUGUACAGGAUUCAGUCUGGAAUCAACACAGCCACAAUACGACGAAGGCUGCUGUCUUCAACCUAGAAAAUAAUACGUUCCUACUUUGGUGUGCUAUGGUUUCGAUCCAUUAAUGUCGGCACGGCUCGUUUCUACGUUUGGACGGAUAAUGCCUGCAGGGUAUUGCAUGCGUUACAUGAAUGUGACACAAGGACGGAGGUGCUAAAUCAUGGCUACUGUCAAUGUAGCAAGCCAUCUUUCAUAUGCCUCCCGUGAUAUUGCGACUGCCAAUAACAUUGCAAUAAAUUAAAUUUAGUUUG